AUUGCAAUUAAAAAAUGUCGGACAAGCGUGAGGAUAUGUGGAAAGUGCUGUACAAUAUGGUGAAUCGGAAUCAAGCCAACUUGUCGGCCGUUUACAGUGUGGUGGACAACAUACUCUGCCAGGAUCCGAGCCUCAUCAGCUGUUCGUCGGUGCCCGAGCUGCCCAACAAAUUCCAAGACGUUUUCCUGCUUUGGCUUGUGAACAAACUCGCCGUGUGCUUGAGUCAGUGUCGGGAUGAGGGACAGUGCCUCAAGAAUGUGCAGCUACAGCAGAAGUUGCUCGCAUCUUGUUGGUGCAAUCACCCCAAGCUAUACGAACUCCUCGUGGUUGCCUAUGUGGAGGCAUUGCAGCAGCUCAACGAUCAGAUGAGCGCCUUCGAUUACACAAAACCCAAAAAGCAGCCGGCGCAGCAGGUACGCAUCCUGGAAUUGCAGAUAUUUCGCUGCGACGUGAGUGUCCUGCAAGCGUUCGAUGAGCAGUGCGCCUGUCAAGCCGUCCAGUUGCAGCUUGAGCAUUCAGAUGCGUAUGCCAAGUACUUGCUGCUGGUGCUGCAGCACGCCCAACACAUUGGAAAAGCAACGCAUCCGGAACUAUUUGCCAGAAGUCUGCAGCAGGCGUUGCUCACCCUCAAGGAGUGCAACAUGGAUACAAAGCUGGCCAGUCUGAGCUAUUGUUGCGCAGUGCUUCAAGCCCAAUCCACCGCCAGCUGGUCAAGCAAUGUAGAUGUGGCACAUUAUGCCUGCUUAACGUUGCGCGCUGCUGUCCUCAUGUGGUCCCUGUCCUGCCGCUGGUUGCAAGCCAAGUGCAUGACGCAAACACAACUGACGCAUUUGGCAACGCAGACACAACAACUGCUGGUCGUGUUGCAGCCGCAGACGAUGCCUCAUCCUCAUAGCCUGGAUAUGUGCUGUCAACUGUUACACGAGCUGCUGCGUCUGCCUGUAAGCGACGCGCGCGACAACUUGAUGCAGACAUUGUCCGACUAUCUGCAACACCAGUUGUUGGAGGUGACUGCUUGUGAGUUGCAGCCACACACAGUGCAACUCUUGCAGCGUCAGUGGCGUGGACAACCCAAUCAGCUGUUGCCACUGCUGACCGUCGUUGCUGUCAAACAGCCGGCAUUGCGUGACGGGAUCUUGGAUAGGAUAAGCAUCUGUCUGGUUGAACUGUUAACCGAGACGACUCCUGGAGAGCUGCCGCAGCUGCUCGCCUUGUUGCGUGCGUUGCGGCAAAUGGAGCAACUCCUGCUGCUAGAUAAGCAACGAGAGCUGGUGGUUGCCAGCGAUGAGGCGCUCAAUGCUGCCCUGCUAUCUCAACUCCCAGUGCUCUAUGAGCUGCCACUGCCCACAGAUGCCAACAGCAAUUGGAAUCAUUUGAGUUUGCAACUCUUGGAGCAGGCAGAGUGUGCUGCUAGCCCAGAGUAUAUGGAGAUCUGUGCACUGCUGUUGCAAACCAACUGCAUACGGCUGCAACUGAAGCCGCAGACACAACAACAGCUCCUGGGCGUACUGCAGCACAGCCUGCAAUCAAAGGAGCAACAACAUAAAUUGGGGGCCCUCCAGGCUUUGGCCACGCUACAUCUGGAGACGCCUUCCAGCGCGCAUACGCAACUGCAGAGCUUUUUCGCACAGCAAUACAUAGGUCUGGUGAGCUCAACGCAUUCCGAGUUAAGGCAGCUCUUCAACGAGCACCUGGCACAGCUUUAUGUCUCCGGCUACAUAAAAGCCGCCCAACUGCAACAGGCGCUGCCCAAACUUAUGCACUCAGCAGAGGAGGGUCACACAUUGGCCGCUGUUUUACGCUUGUUGCUCUGCACAGCAGCGCAAUCAGCAGCCCCAGCGCAUGUCUUCAAGAUUAGGGAGAGGAUAGUUAUGUACUGCCCCAAGUGCAAACCGUUGCCUGCCACCUUGCCUGGCUUGUAUUUGGGCAGCUGCAAGCCAAACAGUGCACCCAACUUAAGCAGUUCCAACUUGGCCGACCUCGCUGAGGCGAUGCUCUUUAAGAUGCCAUGCGCCUUCAUAACACAUCACUUGGAUCUGAUCAAACUGGAACCCUCGUUGUACCUUCGAUUGCUCAAGGAGUCGUCCAACCUGCAGGAGCUCAGCGAACGCAGCUACGAGCGUUUGGUGCCUGUGCUGGCCAACCAGUCCGAGGACUUUAUGCAACAGUUGACCUCACUUGUGCUUGAUUGCAUUGUGCGCACACUUUCCAAACCGCUGGAGGAGCAAAGCAUGGCGGAGCAGCGCAAGCUACUCCGACUGAUUGUGUGCUCAGCACAUGCCGACAUAGAUAACCUGUCGCUAUUCCACUGGUUCAAGAUGAGUUUCUAUUUCAUGGUGCACACGCGCUCUCUCGUCGCCCAGGAGGCGGUGCUCGCCGCCUGUCAACUGUGUGCACGCCACGGAUUACAGACGCUUACGCUGUGGAACUGGUACAAGCGGGAUGCACUCGGUUUAGUUGUCCAGCUGGCACUCGAUGCCUAUGUCACGGAAGGAGUGCGCUUCACUCACUCACUCAGAGCGCUCACCAAGAUGUUGGGCUUCUCGUGUGUGCAGGAGUUCACCUGUAAAUAUCAUCGUCUGCUCACCUCCUUGGUGCUGCCCUAUUGCAUUAGGGAGCCCCGUUGCAAGGGCAUCUUUGUGUUCAUAGCCAAGCAGCUGCAUAAAUCGGUGGCUUCCCUCUUCUCCACCUCCUUUCUACGGCUGUAUGCGCAUGUCUAUCUCACCGAAGAACCGGAAUUGGCCAAUCGCUGCAUCGAGCUGGUCACCAGCUGCACCAAGUGCACGGUGCAGCAACUGAUGAAUGCCGAUGUGAAGCAAACCGUUGCCGAGCUGCUCAUCUAUUUCAAUCGCAAUCCGACUUUUGUGAUGCGCUCUUUUCAAAACCUACUCCAACUCAGCGUCGGCAGCGAGGAUCUAUCCACCCAAGCGAGUAAUGCACAGUUCUCCACGUUUAUAGCGGAGCGCAUACUCGGUGUCAUCACCUAUUUUGAGAGCUGCUUGUCGGAGCCGUCCUUUGAGAAGCCACUCAAAGAGGAGACACUGCAUAGUCUUGGCCAGAUCCUGCGCUUCGUUGGUCCUCAACAUGUCACACAAUUUCGCUUCAAGAUCAUUGCCAUGCUGAGUUUUGUGCACACGUUGCAGGAGCCAAGUUUGCAGCGCAUUUGCCUAAAGAUUUGGCACAUUUUCCUGCAUGUGGUCAACAUACAGGAGUUGGGUCCGUCGCUGGGUCGCAUAGUGGCCACGUUGCAGCCGCUGCUCGCAUAUAGCGUGGAGCAGGUGAAUGAGCUCUACGAAUUUGUCAUCCUCCGCAACGCCGCCAUGUUGGGCAACUACAUACAAGACUUAUACUUUCUGGAGCGUCAGGAGCACGUUUCGGAGCCCAUACGAAAGUGUAUUGAGCGACACACAGCACACCUGUGUUUGGGCGCUGCUGCAGCAGCUGGCGAGGAUCAGGCACCGCUGCUGGAUCAACUGGGCUUUCUGCAUAAGCAAAUCACCAAUGAAUGCCUGCAGGUGCGUGUCUAUGGAUUGGAGCAUCUCUCCGAGUUGCUCGGUCGACGCCGCACUCAACUCAAUCAUAUGAUACUGCACGAGCUGCCGAUGGAGCCACUAAUGGAGCAGAUAGUCAAUGUGCUCAUGGCGGGUUGCCAGCACGACGAUCGUUCACUGCAGUUGGCCUCAGCCAAAUGCCUGGGCGAGCUGGGUGCCAUCGAUGCCAGCUAUUUGCCAUCGAAUUACAAUUUUGCCAGUCCGCAACAGUUACCGCUGAGCGUUCUCACGGAUGACUUUACGGUGCUUGCACUGACGGCGCUGUGCCGCGGCUAUCAGUUCCAGCAGAAGACGAAGCAUGUGGACAACUUUUCGCUGGCCAUACAAGAGACGCUCGCUGUAUGCGGCAUUGCGCCCAAGGAGCAAAAGAAGCUGCAGCUGUGGCAAUCGCUACCAUUGCGCAUGCGCGAAAUAAUGGAACCGUUGCUCAACUCCUGCUACACCUGCUCCCAGCGCUCCAGUACGCUGCAGCAGCAGCCGCUCUUUGGCAGCCACUAUACGCAAAACUCGUACGAACUGUGGGCAUUCCUCUGGGCCGUGCGACUUGUCGAUUAUGUGCAGUCGUCGGAGACGCGUCACCUGCUCAGCUCCUAUAAGCCGUGCAUUCGUCGCGACUCGAACAUGUUGAGCACCUUCUAUCCGUACAUACUGCUCCAUGCGUUGCUUGAGUGCACUGCGGAGCAGCGUCUACACAUUGAGCAGGAGUUCCAGGCGGUGCUGCAGGCCAACGAUGAGCUGUCCCAACAACAGGGUGCCACAGCAUCCAAGAAACCCAGCGAACUAAUCCCAGUCGAUCCCGACACACUCGGCUACAAGUUGUUUGAGUCGAGUAAAUAUGGCGCCACGACCAAGUCAGCCAGCGUGGUGUCACAGGCAGGCGCCAGUGCGGAGGAUCAGUCACGUUUGGCUGGCAAACUGUGUGCGGAGCUGUUGGAUUUUCUACAGCGUUGGCUACGCGAAUGGCAGCGUUUGCAUGGCCUGAGCACGGGCGGCAAACCGCCCCAAUCUGUGGAUGCCAAUUAUGGUGCCAUCUAUGAGUUCCUGCAGCGCAUCGACAAGUUGCGUGUGGCACGCGCCAGCUACAAUUGUGGCGAGUAUGCGCGUGCCCUGCGAUAUCUGGAGGCCUACAUCGCGGAGGGUGACAAGGUGGCGCGUCUACUCGAGCAGUUCACGUUCCUGGUGCAGCUCUACGGGCGACUGAUGGACUCGGAUUCAGUGGAGGGGGCAGUGCAGACGCGCCGCUCGGACAUGAGUGUGACCCAGGAGAUUCUGGUGAAUCGUUUGGUCGAACGGCAACAGGAUAUGAUUACAUGCUAUGAGCAACUGUUGUCCAGCACGGAGCAACUGCAGCCAGAUCACAUACGUGCCAUCAUCGACGCCUAUCUGCGGAUGGACACACCCAAGACGGCGCUGCUCAUCGCCGAUGGUCUCUGGCAGCGAAUGUCCGAUCGUCACACUGAUCAGUAUUUCAGUGAGUGCAAAGCGGAGCUGCUCUGGCGCCUGGGCAGCUACGACGAACUCGAGGAGUUGCAGUUGCAGCAACAGCAGCAGAGGCGCUGCCGACCCAACUGGCAUGCCCAGUGCGCCCAGGCCUGCCUGGCCCUGCGACAACCCACCACCACCAAAUUGGAAUUUGAGGCGCUGCUGGACAAGAUGCGUGGAUCGGUGCUGGAGCAGUUGCGCAGCUGUUCCGCCAUGCAACAGCAUUCCUAUGCGCAUGCCUACGAUGAGGUGCUAAAGCUACACAUGCUGCACGAGCUGCAGUGCAGCCAGCAGCUGCUGGAGCAGCUAUCCACACUGCAGGAGCAGGAGCAGGAGCAGGAGAAGGAGCAGUCGCAACUAAUGCAUAAAUACUUUGCCGAUUGGCAGUCGCGUUUGCAGGUGCUGCAGCCGCAGCUGCGCGUGCUGGAGCCCAUCUAUAGCUUUCGUCGGAAUCUGCUCGGCGAGCUCAAGCGGCGCGUGGGCGAUCGUGUGCCGCUGCAGGCACAGCUGCAGACGCAGUUGGCCCAGCUCUGGUUAAAUAGCGCCCAGAUCAAUCGCAAUGCAGGUCAACUGCAACGCGCCCAUUUAUAUCUAAUGAAGGCGGCGGAGUAUCGGCCAAGUGGUCUCUUCCUGGAGCGCGCCAAGCUGCUCUGGCAGAAGGGCGAUCAGGUGCUGGCCAUGAACUAUCUGGAGGAGCAAUUGUCCGCCAUCCGGCAGCAGUGUGAUGGCAAUCCCAAGCAGCUCAGUGCUGAGCAGCGUCAGCUCUACUUCGAAGGCAAAUAUCUGCAGGCCACGUACAACGCGGACUCCAUGAAUCUGUGUGCGGAUGCCAUCCUCAAGUACUUCCACGAGGCAAUCUCAGUGCAUCGACAAUCGGAGCGUUGUUACGUCCAGCUGGCACAAUUUCUGGAGAAGAUGCGAGAGGCGCGUUCAGCGUCGGCAACCAAUUCACGCGAAGAUGAGGAUCUGCUGCUGCAGAUCAUGUUGAACUAUGCCAAAUCUUUGCGCUAUGGCAGCGAUCAUGUCUACCAGUCGAUGCCACGUCUGAUCAGUCUCUGGCUGGACACGGCCGCCACAGCAGUCGCUUCCACCUCCCACACGGAGCUGGUGCGCAAGAUGAACGAUCUGCUGAACAAUUGCUGCUCGGCGCUACCGACGGCCAUGUUUUACACGGCCUACUCGCAGAUGCUAAGCCGGCUGUGUCAUCCAUCGCCGGACGUGUUUGGAGUGCUGCGCAACGUGAUCAUCAAGCUGAUCGGGGACUAUCCACAGCAGUCACUCUGGAUGCUAUUGCCCCAUUUCAAGUCUGCCGCCGUCAAUCGCGUCAAGCGCUGCAAAUUGAUCCUGAGCGAUGAGCGACUCCAGAAUGCCACAUUCCAGCGUCUGUUGAGUGACUUCAACACGCUCACCGAGCGCCUGAUUGGCGUCACCAACAAGGAGGUCACCUUGGAUCGCAGCUACAAGCUGAGCGAUCUGGACAAACGAUUGCCGCUGCUGUGCAACCAGGCGAACUUCUCCAACAUCCUGCUGCCCUUCGAGAAGUACAUGCAGCCCACAUUUAGCAUUAGUUCGGCACAGGAUAACUCGCCGUCGCCCAGUCCGCAGACAAACGGCAAAUUGCCUGCCAGCAACUGGUUUCCGUAUCAGCAGAUCUUUAUCAGUGGCUUCCAGGAGAAGGUGCUGGUCUUGCGUUCCGCGGCGCGGCCAAAAAAGCUGACCAUACGCUGCAGCGAUGGACAGGACUAUGAUGUGAUGGUCAAACCAAAGGAUGAUUUGCGCAAAGAUUCGCGUCUCAUGGAGUUCAAUGGCCUGAUGAAACGCUACCUGCAUCAGGAUGCAAGUGCCCGCCAGCGCCGCCUGCACAUUCGCACCUACGCAGUGCUCCCCUUCAACGAGGAAUGUGGCCUGCUUGAGUGGCUGCCGAAUCUCAAUUCCUAUCGCGGCAUCUGCAUCGCAUUGUAUAUGCAGCGGGGUCAGGUGAUGAGUGGCAGGCAGCUGCAACAGUUGGCCGUGCCGCAGACGGAGCUGAUGGAACGCAAACGUGAGGUGUUCCUCAACCAGCUGCUGCCCGCACAUCCGCCUGUGUUUCAGGAUUGGCUGCUGCAGCGCUUCAGCACGCCGCACAGUUGGUAUGAGGCACGCAACUCGUAUAUACGCACCGUUGCCGUCAUGUCCAUGGUGGGCUAUAUUCUGGGCCUGGGCGAUCGUCAUGGCGAGAACAUACUGUUCGAUGAGCGCAAUGGCGACGCUGUCCACGUCGACUUCAAUUGCCUGUUCAAUCAGGGCGAGGCCUUUGCUUAUCCCGAAGUGGUUCCCUUUCGCCUCACUCACAACAUGAUCACGGCCAUGGGGCCGCUCGGUGUCGAGGGGAGCUUUCGCAAGUGCUGCGAAAUUACGCUGCGACUGCUCAGGCAGGAGACCAAGACGCUCAUGUCCAUGCUGCGUCCAUUCGUCUACGAUCUGGGCGUUCAGAGUCGACUGACGGCAACUGCUAGCAAAAGCAAAACUGGCGCCGAAUUAACCGAUCCCAAAGUGACCAAUGAUGUGCAGCGCAUUGCCGAGCGCCUGCAAGGACAUGUUAAAAGACAGCAGGCAAACAGCAUUCCAUUGUCCACCGAGGGACAGGUGAACUUUCUGAUCAAUGAGGCGACUAAGGUGGACAAUCUCGCUGCAAUGUAUAUUGGCUGGGGCGCUUUUCUCUAGUUGCUAGUUCCUAAAGAUGUCCCAUUCAAUUAUGUUAUGUUUUGUUAUGCUUUUAUAUAAAAUAUUUAUUUAUAAAUGCUGAGCUUAAAUUAA